AUGAUUCCUAUUCAGUCACGUCUACAUGAGAUGUCGCUCCCCAAGGCGGCGGCUCCUAUCGCCAGCACAGAUCCAGCACAACCCACCUUUGCCUGGAGUGGCAGCGCCUCGUCUUCCAUGUCGAGUCCUUUCGCCCCUCCACCAACUCCUAGCGACUCCCUCCUCGAUAUCAGCCCACGCAAAUCCUCUUUCUCUAGCGAGAUGGGAGCAGCAUAUGCCUUCCCCUCCUGGCCCAACCGCCCCUCGCUUUCCAGCAACAACUCCGCCGAUUCAUGUGCCAGCGCCUUUCUCUCUGACGACGACCUCCUGUGGAUGCCAGAGAACUCGGCCGCUGAGCAGGCAGUAGACGAAGCUAUCAACCAGGACGCCGGUACCAUCUGCUCCGUGACCAUGGAACAGCAACUUCAGCGCAUGCGCGCUAUCGCCGAACAAGAAGAUCGGGCCAACUUCCUUGCCAAGGUUGAAGCUCACGCCCGGGCAACCCAAGCCCUCCGUACAGCAAAGCAGAGCAUUGUGGCAGAGCGCGAGACAUCGAAGCCCAAGAAACGCCGCGUCGCGCCCACUCCGAAACGACGUGCUCACUCGGCAUCCAAGGUGCUCAGUCAAUAA